AUGGCGUGCGAGGCAUUGCAUAUGCAGCCUACAUGUUCAGCUUUCGACCAGGUUAGGGAUCAUGCAGGUGAGGUAGUUGAGAGCCACGACAUGGACAUUGUGGACGACACCUAUGGUGUGUUCGCGGAUGGAGAAACAGGCUUUCAAAUGUUCGAUAUGGACAUUGAUCGAGAUAGUCUUGCUGGCAGAGACAGUGACGAAGGCAGUUGCGAUGCAGUUGCAGAAUCAUAUUCUGAAGGUAUGAGUGAUACGUCAACAUCGCUUCCCUCCACUAGCCUGGUAGAUUUGUGGCUGGAGCACCGCGAUGCUAGCAAUUAA